AUGUUCUUUUCUGGAGCUGACUUGAAACCAGCCUUCAGGCUAUCCAGGAGCAGCAUCAACAUGCUGGUCCAGAUGCUGCCCCGGCAAAAAGCCCAUGGAUGGAGCCAUGAAAUGGAGGUCCUGGUCACGGUGUACUGGCUUGCCUGUGGAGCUUCCUACAGGGUAACUGCAGACAUCUUUGCCAUGCCACUAGCCACCGUUUGCCGGACCGUCCACAACGUCGUGGAGGAAAUGAUGACCAUCCUCCACAGAGUAAUUCAUUUCCCCAAACCAGAGGAGAUGGAGGAGGUGGGGGCUGGCUUUGUUCGCCUUGCUGGCCAUGAGGCAUUCCGCUGUGCUGCCGGUGCCAUCGACGGGUGCCACAUCAGGAUUCUUCCUCCUGCAGAGCCACAGAAGAAAUGCUACAUUAACAGAAAACUUUUCCCCUCAGUGCUACUGCAGGGCAUCUGUGAUGCCAAGGGCGCAUUUCUGGAUGUGUACAUAGGGAAUACAGGAUCUGUACAUGACGCACUUGUACUUAGAAGAUCUCCGAUGUACAAGCAGGCCCUGUAUCCACCAGCUGGGUACAUACUAUUAGGAGAUGGAGGAUACCCGUGCCUGCAGCGUCCUGUUGCCAUCAUGACACCAUACCGCCAGCCUGUAGCAAGCCAAGUUGAAGCCCGGUACAACAGGCACCAUGCAAAGGCAAGGAACAUUAUUGAGCGCACCUUUGGCAUUCUGAAAACGCGCUCCAUCUUCCUGAGGGCCCUGGAGAUCCGGCCUCUGUUCGCCCGAAGGUGA